CGUCCCACGCGUGUGUGUCUGAUCACAGAGACUGCUGUAUUGAGUGUGUGAGCUGCCGCACUAACAAUGCCUUCAGUUCAGUAUCUGAGAGAGUUUAUCAACGAGCGACUAACUGCUGCUGCUGAGCAAAUAUUCUUGGAGUUUGAAAAAACGAUCGUCCGGUACGAGCAAGAGAUCGACCGUCAGCGCAGACUGAUGGAUAUCACCUGGAAACCCGAAAUAAAGCUGCACAGGACAGACAUCCCACAGCAGCAUGUCUGUAAGGAGGAGGAAGUUGUCGCUGACCAGCAGCUGUGGAACCAGGAGAUGAGCUCCAAUCUGGACCAGGGGGAACCAGAACCUCCACAGAUUAAAGAGGAACAGGAGCAACUCUGUAGCAGUCAGGAGGGAGAGCAGCUGGCACUGAAGGAGGAGAUUCAUGCCUUUAUGCUGACUGCUGCUGAGGAAAAAGACCACAGUGAACCAGAACCAAAAAGAGACCAUCUCAACUGUGUCAGCUCUGAUGUAACUGUGAGAGAAUAUCAGGGAGCAGGGAAGAAAGGUCACAAUAAUGUAGAAUACCAACCUACACCAGACAGUCAGUGUAAGUCUGACAAAACUAAAAAGUCUUUAAAAUGUGAUGUUUGUGGAGAAGUCUACAAAUAUAAUUAUGAAAUGGAUAUGCAUUAUAGAAUCCAUACAGGGGGGAAGCCGUUUUCCUGUAAAACAUGUGGGAAAAAGUUUGUACAUAGGAAUUCUGUAGUGAAGCACAUGAGAAUCCACACAGGAGAGAAACUAUAUCAUUGUAAAAUAUGUGGGAAAAGGUUUGUACAUCGUUCUCUAAAGAAGCACAUGAGAAUGCACACAGGUGAGAAACCAUAUCAUUGUAAAACAUGUGGGAAAACGUUCAGCCGUAAAAGUAAUUUAACAGAGCACAUGAAAAUCCAUACAGGUGAGAAACCAUAUCAUUGUAAAACAUGUGGGAAGGCAUUCAGACGUGGUAGUCAUUUGUUUCGCCACAUAAAAAUACACAUAUAGAGGUGUACUCUUUUAACAAGAUUAACAGUUUAGCAAGCUGUGUAGAGCGCAAAGUUGAACAAGUCAGCGUGGUAACUAAUGGUAGACACAGCAUGGUAGGAAGGAGGUUAUGGUUAGUUUCAUUUUAAAAGUAGGUGGCAAAUUUUGACAAACUAUUCUAUUAUGCUAGUAAGCACUCUCUGCUUACGACCAAAGUUUUAGGAGUGACAGCGGUGA